CGCAUUCGCAUUAAAAAAAAAGAAAAUAUUAGAGAAAAGGGAAAAGCAAAAGAAAAACAAGAGCAGGAAAAUACGGGAAAGAAAAAGAAAAGAAAAAGUUUUGCAACUGCCGAUGGUUGGGAAAUUGGGUGGCAUGUCUGUCUCUUAAAUGCACUCUUCGAAACUAUGUAGAAAGAAAAAACAUAUUCAUAUUUAUUUAAGUUUUGAAAAGAAAAUAACAAAAAUUGUACCAUUAAAGACAAUCUAUUGAUUAAAGAGGUUUUUUGUCUUAUUAAGCUAAAAUACUUAAUCGAAAAUAUUCGGGUUAUCGCAACUUUAAAGUUAAAAGCUUCCAAUUCUAGCUUUCAAGUUUUUAAAUAUGUAUUAGCAAUUCACUUUACAAAAACGAUAAAGAGUCAAGCAAAGGUAAAAUAUAAUUAUUUGUAUUACGUGCUGGCAUUGUUUAUGUUGCACACUUUACUAAUUACCACAUUGUCCCAUUUGAAACAAAUAUGAGUGUUUCUCUCAGUGCGGCCAUAAAAGCAAGGAGACACGUGUCGAAAGUUUCCUUUUUCCCUCUUAUUUCUGCACUGCCUUUUGCCUUUUUCCUUCGCUCUCGCCAAUAUCCUAUGCAUUCCCUUUUUGGCGAAACGGAGGGACUGUGGCAGACGGAAGGGGUGGGGAAAGUGGGCAGAAAAGUGAGAGAGAGCCAGCUCAUCGCUCACUCUGCCAAUGCAGUAAAAGUCCUUGAAAAGUGGGAGUGAAUGGGCGGGCAAAGUGGGUGGCAGCAGCAGCAUGGCAGACAUGCCUAAAUUGCUUUCGUCGCAACCCACGCAAAAAGUCUUAUGUAACUGCGCCUACACCGAUUUAUUCCCUUUACAGCUGCUACUGCUGUAGCUACUUCUCCAGCCCCAGUUUUUUCGUGUGUAUUCCGAAGUGUUAUGCAAUGUUUGUUGAAUGCACAGCACGUCCCUUUUUUUUGGAUGGGGGGGUUGUAGAGGCCUCCAUUUGGUGUCUGUAUAUGUGCGUCUUUAUUAUUAUGGCCGAGACAUAUUCAAUUUCUUCGUCAGAGCAUUGCUUUGCCUAUUUGCCCGAAUUUAAAUGCUUUCCAUUUGUCUACAUAUUUUAUUUAUCUCGGCAUUUGCUUAUUGAAUUUGCACUAGACGCCGGCAUUAACCUUGAGGCCAUCGGAUUUACUUGAACGAACGAAAAAGACACUCUUCUAAACAAAAAAAAAAUACGCCGCCCCCACACGUGUGGAUUUUGUGGAUUUCUGGUCGUGGGCUCAAUGGGCCAAAGUUGUUAAGUCGGCUUUCCAGAUUGUGGUUUUAAGAUAUUCCAUAUCGAGGGGAUGGCGAUGGUGCCGGGGGAGUGCCGCUCCGUGUGACGCCCAUUACAAAAGAUUAAAGUCGGCAACUUUGACAAAUUGUUACUCGCUUUGCUGACAUCUUCCAGUGCGCAUUUGCUCAUUUUUCUCCACAUCUAGAAUCUUGUUUCAUAUUUUUGUUCGCGUUUACUUUGCCCACGCCAAAUCAGCAUUAUGAAUGAAACACAUCAGACACGGUGGGGACUCAAUAAAAAAAGCAGACUUGAUGGCCGUGAAUUUAUAAACACUCUAUUCAAACAAAUAAUUCAUAUUGGCAGACAAUACAGCUCUUUUGUGUCAACUUAUUCGUGCUUACUCAAAUCAAUUAAUCUAAGGCGGAUUUUUCAGAUUUCGUACAAAGUAGCGCCAAAGUAAUAAUGAUAAAAAGUAUAAAUAGAGAAUUAUUGUAAAGAGAUUAUAAUAAGACUGAUAAGAUUUAUGAGGUUUCUUAAACAAUAAAAACCAAAAUAGAACCCUAUCGAGUUUUUACUGUACCGCGAACAUAAUAAAUGAAUGUUUUUCCAACAUUGCUCAGCCACUCUGAACCAUGGGCAAAAAAGCCAUUUAGAAGCCCAAGAUGCGGAUGCGGAGAUAUGGAAAUGGAAGUGGAUAUGGCUAUGGAUAUGGCGGCGGUGGAGACAAGUGCGUGGGCGGGAUUGUUGGGCGGCUGUUGCGGCGGGAAAUGCGAAACACAAUUGGCGCUAAUAACCCAAGGCGUUUAGCAGAAGCCGAGGAAAUGGCUGCGACGUCGACAGCGGCGUUGUGUUUUAAUCGAAUUUUAUUUGCCGCCGUUAGCCAAUGAAUAAUUCAAAUUGAUUAUUAAAACGUGCGCUUGUGUUGGAGUGUGUGAAUUUCUGCACACUCACAUACACACAUUCCAUGUAGGCGUCAAAAUACAUAAGUAGCAUUAGGAUGUGGAUGUGGAUGUAAAUGUGGAUGUGUGAAUGUGUGAGAGCGAAGCGGGCUUUCAUUAAAACCGUUAUCUAUGCCAGACGCACGCACCAGACGCAGACGUGCAUAAAUUAAUUACAAUUACACACAGCGCGUGAGAGCGAAACACACAAGCACACACACACCACUGUUCCUGUUUCGGAAUUUUUGGCGGCCCCAAAAUAUGUAUUAGUACAAUUACCAAACCGAAUUAAUUAUUUAAUGCCUUUUUUGGAGAGCAGAGUGUAUUUUAAUUUAUAAAAUUCCUUAGUAAACAUUACCUUUUUAAAUAUGAAUUUUAAAAUAAUUUUUUAAUCUAUAGCAUUCAUAUUAAAUUAAAUUCAUAUUUUAAAAAGGUCUCAAUAUAUUGGUAACAAAGAAUUGUGUUCCUAAAUUUGAAAUUAAACUAUUUUUCUGGCCAACAUUUCACCAACAUUUGGGAACAGAAAUAUUAAAAAAAUACCAAAAAAUAUAAAAAAUAUUUUUUUUAAAAGCGAGAAGAAAUUUAAGUAUCAUUAAGGUCAUUAUAAACUUCGGAUAGUGGCAAAUUUUCGGUUGGCCUAAACAAACACAGUGAAAGUCGGAAACUUUCAAGGAUUCGAACAAGGCCAAAAGCAAACAGAAGCGGGCAAAGAACAAAAAACCAGGGUUUACCCUUAAUAUUAUGUCACUUUAUUUUAUUCACAAAAAAAAGGCACGAAAAAGAUAAACAACAACAAGCGACAGAUGCAGAGCAGUCGGCAAAAAGCAUGUUAACUUAUGGCUGGGCUUAGGCCAACAAAAACAAUAACAACAACAAAGGCAGACAUUUCUCUUACGUCAGAGUCUGGCCCACACACACACACACACACACACACACACACACACACACACUCACACAUAAGUGCAAAAACGGAAAAUGAGGUUAUUGCCAAUCCCGUCUGCAAUGCUCGAGUAAACAUUUUAACCUAAUUUUUUGCCAUGGGAGCGGGACGAUUGGGGGGACGUCGAUUGCGAUGUGUUUGCGAACGGAGACGCCCCAGACAAUGUGAUGCGAUAUUUUCUGGUGCCUCGGAUUACCCAAACAGAAGGAAAAGAUUGCAAAAAGAGCACAACAGACUAGCGUCCAUAAUGCAAACUUUGCAUCUGCUUUAUCACGAGUUUUAUUUAACCAACCCCACAGUUCAGGUAUCAUUGUAAAAUUUCGUUUUUUAAGCUUGGUGUUACUGACUUCAAAAAUCUUAAUGAAAUUUGGAAAGUACAUAUGAACCUUAAUUUCAAGCAAAACAAGUUUUCAAAUAAGUUUAAGUAAUUUAGAUUUUUACUUUAUUUGUUGGAAGUUUAUAAAGAGCUUUAAAAUAGUCAUAAGUUUUAAACCGAGAAAAAUGAAUUACUACCUUACAGUACAUCGUAAAGUUUUUUACGUUUUUUCGCAACAAGUUUAUAGAUUGCCUUUAAAUGGUAAACAAGAGAAAAUACUAUGCAUUAAAAUAAUGGUGUUAAAGGUUACUUGUAACAACUUUUUAGAGAAAAUGGUAAUAAUGUUUGUACCCCAAAAAAACUAGUUUUCUCUUAAAACUUGGGAAUUUCGCGGAAGCACUUUUUUAUGAACUUCACAAGUUAAAAAAAAGAAAUGGAAGUUUUAAAGGUUGAUUAACCUUUUUCUUUCUCCUUUUUCAAGUAUACUUCAAAUAAAACCUUAUUAUCGUGCCGUUUAGGCAGUGAAAUCUUGAAUUUUUAAAUAAUUGUAUUGCAAAUAAAUGAUGUUUUCAUAUCAAAGUAAAAUAAAAUUAGAACCCACGAAUUAAAACGAUGUAAAACACCGAAAUUCAAGUUAAAUAAAUUGGCAUGUACAAUCAAAUUAAAAGAAACAUGCUAUGGCAGAGCUAUGAGCACAUAGUUUCACGAGUUUUUAAAUUACAAAAUUGCAUUUGCAUAUUUGUAUAAUUUACAAAGUCGGCGGCCGUCGACGUCGCCGAAAAUAUUCGUGCUCUAUUAUUUGUUGUUUGCGCAGAGAUUUGUCAUUUCUUUCAUGCUCGCUUGCACACAUCAAUCGCCAGGUGGUGUGGUGGGGCAUUGGGGGUUAAAGACACACAAAAAAGAUACAAAAACCGAGAAAAAGGUGGCCAACGGAAUGUGGAACAUGUUGAGUUAUGCGAAUCGCUUUAGCAGAGAAUACUCAGGGUGUCGAAACAGUGUAUAAAGGGGAUUUCAAAUUAUAACCAUACAAAAAAUAUUUUUUUUAUUUUUAUAAACAAGUAAAUUAUUUAAUUAAUCAUGUGAUCCCUUAUAAACACAUAGGGGUUCACGUGGUAAAUAUUUUUUUUGUUUUUUUCGGAACACAAGAACUAAUCUACUUUUGAAAACAACACUUCUUCACAAAAAUUUUCUCGAAAUCUUUUCACAUAAAAUUAAGAAUUUGAAUAAACGUUUCACUUAAAGCACUGGAAUCAUCAAAAAGCGAUAGAAAAAGGAGCUGGGCACAUUGUUCUUAUCGAUAUAUCACUAUGACUGUAUUGUGGAAGGUGACCAAGUUUUUUGGAGAUAAGUUUUCAAAUAAAAGGUGUUUUAAAAACACUUUAAACCCUUUACUCUAAAUAGAUGAAAUAAUAAAUAUGAAGACGUUUGAAUAAUUUUUCAAAAAAGCCCAUUUCUACAAACUAAUAUAAGUUUUACAAUAUACAAAUUCUUUUAUAAAAAUUUUAAAAGUCUAUAAAACCCCUACAAACAGUUAGUGGAUUAAAUUUUUACUAUAUCCUUUCCACAAAAAUUUAAUCGUACUGAUCGUUUAUUUAAUAAGUGAAUUUAAUAAGUGACGUCACUAUCAUUUUUUGCUGCGGCACCUUAUCUCUUACUCGCUUUAUUUUGAUCCUCUCUUGAGAACUUCAUAACUUUUUUUAUUGAUCUGAAUUUACCGCUAUGACGAAGAAUAAAAAAUCACUCAAAACGGGAAAACCUAUAAAACUUAGCCUAGCUGAUUUCCAUAACCAUUUGGACAAAAAACUUAACCCGGAAAAGAAUGGCAAAGAGAUGAACUCGGAGAAAUGGACUGGUUUUCGAAAAAAUGAUGGAUCUGUUGGCGGAACUCGUGGUCGCGGCGUUUAUUGUGAUAAGCUACCAAUAGUUUCCAGAAAUCUUGAAGAUCUUACGUUUCAAAUUGAAAAUACCACUAAAUCAGCAAAGAACGAGACUGAACCAAAGAAAAUUCGGGAAAACCAGCAGAUUUCUAAGCUAAGUGAGAAACCCAUUAACCCAUGUAAUCAAAGGGAAGCUGGCAACGCGAACGAAACCAAGAAAAUUUUACUAAGGAAGCCAAAUCCCCAGGAUGCAAUUCAUGGUCGGCCAAAGACGCGAGUACGAUCCAGUCCCCGGAUUCCGACGCCACCAAGAAAUUUGCCCCAGGAGCUAAAGGAAGUGGAUCGCAUGACCUCAGCGGAUUUUCGCCACGAUUACGCUGCUCAUCUGGAUACUAUGCGAACCCGGCAAAAGGGUCAACAGCAUAUGCUCUUCUUUCAAUCGGCCAUGCAUCAGAAUCGACAUCUCUUCAAGGGUCGCAAAAUCCUAGUCCUUUGCUGCGGAACCGGAACUUUGGCCCUCAUGGCAGCCCAAAUGGGGGCCAAAAGGGUUUACGCAGUGGAUUACUCCAAGGUCACCGGUUAUGCGGAGUUGGUGGUGCGUCAAAAUCGCUUUGAAACGAUCAUCAAGGUGCUUAACGGACGUAUGAAGGAUCUUAAAUUGCCGGAGAAGGUAGAUGGCAUCAUAUGCAACUGGAUGGGUCACUGUUUGCUCUACGAAUCGGAGAUACUGGAGGUGCUCGAGGCACGUGAUCGCUGGCUGAAGAAGGGCGGAUUCAUCCUACCCGAUUUGGGUUCGCUUUUUCUAGUGGCCUCCGAGGAGCACAUGCUGAAGAACGAUCGCUGCAAUUGGUGGCGGAGUGUCUACGGCUUCAACAUGAAUGCCAUGCGUCGAUAUGCAUUGGCCGAACCGCGGUAUGCCAAAACCACCGGAGAAAAGCUAUUGACCCUGGCUCAUCGCAUCUUAAGCAUUGAUUUGAAAAAGGCCAAGAAAGAGGAUCUUUUCAUAGAUCGGCAAAUAAGAUUGAAGGUCAAUAGAGAGGGCUAUCUGGAGUGCUUUCUCCUAUUCUUCGAUGUGGAAUUCAGCAGUUCACAUACGCCGCUCAAGAUGAGCUGCAAUCCGUGCCUUAGGCUGCCUUACAAAUCGCUUUGGUUGCAAACCGUACUUUUUGUCGAACAGCCGUUUAUAAUGCGCAGUAACCUCCACUACACGGGUAACCUGAAAUUCAAGCCGCUGAAACCGAAUAACUUUAAGGAAAUGGAAAUACGUAUUGAGUUCUACGAGGGUCUCGAAUACGAUGACCAUUGUGGCUUGUGCACUCGUCGGGUGGCCAAGAGAUGGCUCAUGUUGGAGCACUUUCAGACAUUCAGUGAGGUGGAGAGCUGUCAGGAUGAGCAGGGGGAGAAUGGUGGCCAUGAUUUUUAGGUGUUGUCUUAGACUAUAAAAUCGUAGCCUUUUAAAUUGACUUUAUUACUAAUACUGAUUUUCCAUCU